AACAACUACGUCAAACAUAAAUGUUUAACGUCCUCCGUCAUAACAAAGAGAAAAAUCACACUGAUUGGACGUAAUUUACGCUGGUGCGAAAUUAUCUUUUGCUCCCAUAGACUGCUAAUACUGUGAUUUUAGUUUUAAUAGUAAAACCAUGCUCGGAAAGUGCCUUUUAGUUGCUUUGCUAGUUAAUUUUAGUGUUAUUAGUGCGUAUACACCAGUAGUGAUAGUUCACGGUAUAUUAACCGGAGCGGAUAGUAUGCUGGUGAUCGUAGAGAAAAUUGAACGGCAUCACCCGGGAACGAAAGUGUACAACACGGAUAGAUUCGCAGGUUGGUCCAGUCUGGAGAAUGCAUGGCACCAAGUAUUCGAGUUCAAUGCUGACCUUCAAGAUAUUUGCCGCGAUAAUCCGGAAGGAGUUAUUCUUCUCGGUUAUUCGCAGGGUGGGCUUUUUGCCCGAGCUGUCUUGCAGAUCAAUCCCAAGCAUUGUGUGAAGAAGUUCAUUUCACUUAGCUCUCCCCAAGCCGGCCAAUUUGGUACUGAUUUUCUGCAUUUAAUCUUCCCCUCGCUGGUAGCGAAAACUGCGUACCAAUUAUUUUACACGUACGUAGGUCAGCAUACCUCAGUAGGAAAUUACUGGAACGAUCCACACCACCAGGAUCUAUUUGAGCAGUUCAGUAUUUUUCUUCCCUACAUCAACAAUGAUUUACCUUCGACAAACUCAAGCCAGUUUCGUGAUUCAAUGUUAAAGCUUGAACAGCUAAUAUUAAUUGGUGGACCAGAUGACGGAGUCAUUACACCAUGGGAAUCUAGUCAUUUCGGAUACUUCAACGGCACCGGCGACGUGAUACCUUGCAAGCAGAGGGAUAUUUACUUACAGGAUCGAAUUGGUCUGAAAACACUAGAUGAAGGUGGACGGCUAAAAUUGAUAACGAUGCCAGGGGUGCGUCAUUUCGACUGGCAUUUAAAGCCGGAAGUGAUAGACAAAGUUAUUCUUCCCUACCUGGAUUAAGUGAUAGAACCAAAGCCACUGACAAGAAGCGUGAAUUGUUUUUCAUGACGCAACUAUUGUCCAUUUUUUUUGUGUUUUAGUGCACAGUUUUAUGCAUCACGCUAGGAUCCACUAAACAGAAACACAGUUUAUUAUUAGACAAAUUAGAGAAUUUAUUCUAGCCAUGAACUUGAAUGUAAUUGGAACGAAUUCGAUUUUUAAGAAGUCUAUUAUGCUGUAAAAAUGGUUUGUAAAUAA